AUGAGUUCUUUGAAAAGCUCAUCCCUGGAGGGCGAAAUAAAACCACCGCAUCUUAGCCCUUCAACGAGCUUUCCAGAGGAAUACAACUUGGAUCGCAUUGAAACUAGCGACAGUCAUGAUUUCGUAUCGCCUUUCCAGGGACACACAAGAAAUGACCAUCGGGACAUGAUGCGCAUGGGCAAGGAUCAAGAGUUUGUGGUUCGUUUGCGCUUCCGUUAUCUUAAAAUACUCCACCCAGUCCAAGGCCCUAUUGACGAGAUAACAUCUAAAUCGGCUGUAGAGAACGUAUCGCCCGGUAGCAGCUCUGAGUCUCUCAAUCGUGCUCGGCGCCACAUGGGAGUUUAUGUUGGUUACAGAUCUCAGGAACAAGGCCUAGCGGAUGGCGGGAUUGCCGGCUUGUUCUGGUCCUAUCUCUGGACGUUCAUUGGAUUUGGGUUCUGCAUGUGCUCGUUAGCGGAGAUGGCAUCAAUGGCUCCUAUUUCCGGAGGGCAAUACCACUGGGUUUCUGAGUUUGCAUCCCCAAGCUGCCAAAAGGCUUUGAGCUAUUUCACAGGAUGGAUGUCAGUAUUAGCAUGGCAAGCGGGAGCGGCGUCUGGUCCAUUUUUAGCGGGAACUCUCGUUCAGGGCUUGAUUGUUAUCAAUUUGCCAGACUAUGAGCCGGUUCGUUGGCAUGGAACUCUUCUGGUCUGCGCCAUGGCGUUUCUAAUCUAUGUGUUCAAUGUAUGGUUUGCACAAGCAAUGCCCAUGCUCCAAAAUGUGCUCUUUGUUGUCCAUGUCUUGACUUUUAUGGUGAUUAUUAUUGUACUCUGGACUCUGGCUCCACUCAAUACACCUCAGACGGUCUUCACUGCAUUCACAGAUAGAGGAGGAUGGCCGUCGAUGGGCCUGAGUUUGAUGGUUGGACAGAUAAGUGCAAUUUAUGGAUCCCUGACAUCCGACGCCGCAGCCCAUAUGGCGGAAGAAGUGAGGGAUGCAUCGAGGCAAGUUCCUCUAGCAAUGGCUUGGGGCUAUUUUAUAAAUUGCAUCAUGGCCCUUAUUUUGCUAGUCACUUACCUUUUUGCCCUCCCUUCUGUGGAGGAUGCUAUCCGCAAUCCUUCUAUAUUUCCAUUCCUCUAUGUCUUUGGGAAUGCUGUGUCGCCAACGGUAGUUACCAUCAUCACGAGUCUGAUUUUCAUCCUUGUGGUUUCGAGCAACAUAUCAUUUGGUGCAGCUGCAUCACGCCAGACCUUUUCUUUUGCCCGAGACCAAGGCCUUCCCUUUGCGAAAUGGUUAGCGGCUGUCGAUAAGACAAAACACCUCCCCACAAACGCUAUCCUGUUUACCUGCAUCUGCACGAGUCUUGCGUCGUUGAUAUAUAUCGGGGUGGAGGUGGCGUUCAACGUUAUCAUCACACUAUAUGUCAGCGCGCUGGCCACAACGUAUGUGUUUUCUAUCGGCUCUGUUCUCUACCAGCGUAUCUUUCACCCAGAUAAGGUGCCACCUGCACGCUGGAGUCUCGGAAAAAUAGGAGGCCCUAUUGUGAAUGUAAUUGCGCUGCUGUACGCCCUUUUCGCAUUCUUUUGGUCCUUCUGGCCGAAUACAAGAAAUGUCACGGCGAAGACCUUCAACUGGGGCGGCGUCAUGUUCGUGAUUGUUGCGAUUGCAUCUAUCAUCAUGUACCUUGCGCAGGGCCGAAAAGUGUACAAAGCACCCGUUAGCACCGUAGCCGGGAGAUGA